UGACGCUGUCCUGAUUGCUGUCCACACUGUUCUGAUCCCUCCUUUUCCUUGCAUCUAUAAAUCCGACGCUUUGGAGAUCUCUUCGGAUCAUAUCAUCCCGGUUUAGAUACUCCAACAGUUGAAGCUUCUCCACCCAUGGCUUUCUUCCUCGACAGACUCUUCCCUUUCUUCCUCUUCUGUCUGCUUGCAUGCCCCGCCGCCCAUGCCCAGUUGUCGCCCACCUUCUACGCCGUGAGCUGCCCCAACCUAGAAAGCAUUGUGCGCUCGGCGAUGUCGCAGGCCGUCGCCAAGGAGAACAGAAUGGGCGCAUCCAUUCUGCGCCUCUUCUUCCAUGACUGCUUUGUUAACCCUCAGGGUUGUGAUGCAUCGGUCCUCCUCGAUGACACCGCCACCUUCACCGGCGAGAAGAACGCGAUCCCCAACAACGGCUCUUUACGAGGCUAUGAAGUGAUCGACGCCAUCAAGACCAGCGUCGAAGCAGCUUGCGCUGCCACCGUGUCGUGCGCCGACAUAUUAGCUCUCGCAGCGCGGGAUGGCGUCGUCCUGCUCGGAGGACCGAGUUGGACCGUGCAACUCGGACGCAGGGACGCGACGACGGCGAGCCAGAGUGCGGCGAACACCGACAUCCCUGCACCCUUCCACGACCUCCCCAAACUCAUCUCCUUGUUCGUCUCCAAGGGAUUCAGCGCGCAGGACAUGACCGCGCUCUCAGGAGCGCACACCAUCGGCCAAGCGCGGUGCCUCAACUUCCGGCCGCACGUCUACAACGACACCAACGUGGAUGGCAGCUUCGCGGCCCUCCGCAGGCAAGGCUGCCCCUCCGUCGGAGGCGACGACAACUUGGCUCCUCUUGACCUCCAGAGCCCGGAAGCGUUCGACAACCUGUACUACCAGAACCUGAUGCUCAACAAGGGACUGCUUCACUCGGACCAGGAGCUCUUCAAUGGCGGAUCCCAGGACUCGGUGGUGAUGACGUACAGCACCAAUGCAGCCGCGUUUCAGAGCGAUUUUGCGGCGGCGAUGGUGAAGAUGGGGAACAUGAGCCCGUUGACGGGGACCAUCGGGGAGAUCAGAUUGAACUGCAGGACGGUAAAUUUUUGAUCGGCCGUGAAAGCAAGCAAUAUUGCAUGUAGCAACGUUUUCCAAGUAAUAGCGUUUGUAUACAGGCGUUUAGGGUCUCAGGGCUGUCUCCUCUCCCAGAGUGGCAGAUAUUAUCGAUUGCAUUGAAUGAUUCACAAUUGUGUAAAACUUGACCUAUUCUGGUUAAGUUAUUUUAUUUUUGUUAAUUAGAAUAAGUCCGAGCAAUUGAAGUUUC